ACCCUGAAGCCCACACAUAACUGCUCUCUGCUCCAGACCCCUAUGGAUGAAAUCCAGCUACAGCUGCCUCUUGCCAUAACUGGACAUACAGGGAGGCAUUUCUCUCAGUCUGUACUUAUCCAAACAAGCUGGCCAGCAGGAUUUCUGAGUAAGGGGCUCUAAGCAAGGAAUUCAUAGGUAUGUGACCUCUUCACCCUCAGCAGAUACAGAAACGGCCUGUAGCCCAAGCUCUCCCUGCUUCAGAACAAGGGUCUGUCCACACCCCAGCUUCAGUGAGAUGCAAAGCCUAUUAGAUGCCAGCACCGUGUGGGCUGUUUCAUCUUUUAUAUACUAGGCUUUGGGGUCAAUCCCAUUUAACCAGAGUUCUAGCUAUAAAAGGGCAUUGAAAUUGUAUGACACGUGAGUUGCAGGUGAAUAAAGGCAUUAAACCUUUAGCCUAGAUGAUCCUAGAUUCUUCCCUGCUCUAAUCAGCUGUGAUUCCAGAUGGAGACAUUGCCCUUCAGCCCUGCGACAUCCUCUCAGCUCCCCCUUCCCAUCCCCCCCACCCAGAAAUGCAGGUGUGUAAGUUCCAUACACCAGAGGUGGAGGGCUAGGAGUCAGAGUGAGCUGGGCUCUCACCACCUCCUCGCAUCCCUGCCUCCCCCUGCAGUGGUGUUUCCCCAGGAUCUGCUGGAGAAGGGCCUGGAAGCGGACAAUUUUGCCAUGCUGGGACUCGGAGACAUCGUCAUUCCAGGAAUCUUCAUCGCCUUGCUGCUGCGUUUUGACAUCAGCUUGAAGAAGAACACCCACACCUACUUCUACACCAGCUUUGCAGCCUACAUCUUCGGCCUGGGCCUGACCAUCUUCAUCAUGCACAUCUUCAAGCACGCCCAGCCUGCACUCCUGUACCUGGUCCCCGCCUGCAUCGGCUUUCCUGUCCUGGUGGCACUGGCCAAGGGAGAAGUGACAGAGAUGUUCAGCUACGAGUCCUCAGCGGAAAUCCUGCCUCAUACCCCGAGGCUCACCCACUUCCCCACAGUCUCGGGCUCCCCAGCCAGCCUGGCGGACUCCAUGCAGCAGAAGCUAGCUGGCCCUCGCCGCCGGCGCCCGCAGAAUCCCAGCGCCAUUGGAAGGUUCAAGAAGCUUAAAAUUGGUCUUCACAAGCCCAAGUCCAACCUCUCCCGUUUGCCGCUGCCCUUGCCACCUCUUGGCACCACCAGGCACAGAGAAAGCGGAGCAGGCAGCCUGUCUGAGGAGGGCGCACAGCGGGGCCGGGCCAAGUCCUGGAAGUUAUGAGGAGUCAAAUCCUAAGGAUCCAGCAGCAGGGACAGAAUCCAAAGAGGGAACAGAGGCCUCGACAUUGAAGGGGCUGGAGAAGAAGGAGAAAUGAUGCGGCUGGUGCCUGACCCUCUGAGGGCCAGACACACGGGGUGGCGGGGUGGUCCCCCCCACACGGGCCCGCACGGCCGCAGUCCUGCUGAAGGGGACCGGCAGCUCCAGGAGAGGGGCAGGGGGCAGCAGGCUCCCUCCAACGGGGCCUCCGGGGCCUGGUUCCCUCUCCCCCUUCUCUGGCCUUGCUCUGCCCCUCCCCAUCCCUGCCCGCCAAGGAAGCCCCCAACUGCCCCCACCCCCCCCCCAGGUGCCAGGUGGGAAAAGUGGGUCUGAUUUUUAGACUUUUGUAUUGUGGACUGACUUUGCCUCAUAUUAAAAACUCAUCCCAUUGCCCGGGCAGCCCACUGUGCUUCUGGAAGGUUCUUACCCAGUAUCUUACAGCGGGUUUACUAGGUCUCACCCUCCCACCCAGAGACUUUCCUGUAAGAAAGGGGACUGUGGACUGUCGCAACCUGUGUUGAGGCCCUGACCUCUGGGCCCCUCCUUCUUUUAUGCCCACCCAGUGCCUAGCCAGUAUGCCAGCUCAGCACCCCCAGGAUACCCUCUGGCCAGAAGAAGGGGCCCUCGAGCCCUCUCCCCUGACAUCCA